GACUCGUGAGAUUUGGUCCAGUACCCCAACACAUUCUUUGGCGCUUUCCCAGUUUUCCUAUCACCAGAUAUUUUCAUAAUCAAUUCUGUCGCAAGCAGAUCCAACACUAUCACCUCCACCCUUCAAUAUAACUUCCACCCACAAUGUUUAUCAGGCUUCUGAUCGCUUUAUCUCUGGCUUCAUUACUCGUCCAAGGUGUCUUCCCCAAUCCCAAUGGCGAUUCACCCUUAUCUACCAAUUUGAGACCACGUUCCGUCAAUAGCGCUCACAGUGCUACGGCGUUAAAGUCUGAAUUUAGUGACAUCCAUGGCGAAAUUCGAAAUGCUUAUGGUCCAUUGGAGCGUGCAUGCAAGGAAAAUGACCUGAAGUCUGUCGUUGCGACGUUUGCUGGUUUCCAAAAGUCUUUCCAAGGCCUGGCCAACAGCUGCUCAAAGACAUACAAUCAAAACAGGAAAUCUCCGUCGAAAAUGGCAAGCGGCUUCGUCAAGAUAUUGGUCGAGUUCCAACCUCUUCUAAAAACGUUGAAAGCCCAUCCAUCUAUGCUGAAAGGCUGUUCAAACACUUUCCGAGGUUCUUCCACCAGCAUCAAUGCGAUGGUGUCUUUCCUCAAGGCUGGGAAAGCUGACUUGAAGUCAGAAGUCCGAAAUUCCGGCAAGGAUCUCGAUAUGGAACUCUUCGCGCAGUGUGGCUUCAGACUUAACACAUUUUAUUAAACCACUUUUCCCUCACAUCCUAAUCAAUCCUCUCCGAAAUCGAUCUGAAAGUGGAUGCAUAUUACCCUUCCGGUGAUUCUCCUCCGUCAUGAUUUAUUACGCACAUUCUCUAAUCGCAGCGAGAUCUUUUUCGUAUUGAAUUGUUCUACUUAUUUCUCACUCCUCCUCACUCCUUCAUGAGUUGGCCAGAGGAUUUGUAAACUAGACAUUGACUAAUUUAUCAAGACAAUUUGAAACACGCUGAACCAACAACGACAAUUGAAUGUCGCAGCUUCACUG